UCUAAACGCACAUUUUUAAUUCGACUUUAUAUAAAUAAACCACUUACUGAAAAAUCCUUCAGUAACAUUCAAAAUGAAACUUUACGCAGUGUUAGUAGUUAUUGUGGUUUUGAAUAUGGUUCAUGGGCAAAAGUACACUACAAAAUAUGACAAUUUAAAUAUUGAUACGAUUUUAAGCAACAAAAGAGUACUUGGUAAUUACGUUAAGUGUAUACUGGACGAAGGACCGUGUACAGCGGAAGGCCGCGAAUUAAAAACCCACCUUCCUGAGGCUUUGCGUACCAACUGUGUGAAAUGUACAAACUCUCAAAAGGAUUUCGUUAGAAAGGGUGCAAAUUUUUUGAUUAAAAAUCAGCCAGAUGAUUGGAAAAGGAUCAGCGGCAAAUACGAUCCUCAAGGAAAAUUUUCUGAGCAAUUUCAAAGGUUUUUAGAAGCCUGAAUGUAAUAAUUUGCAGAAAUAUGUUAUAUUGCCUUGAAGCUUGGAUAAUUUAUUAAAAUAGUGUAAUUAUAAAUACUUAAUAAAAAAAUGUUUUAA